AUGUCUAUCAGUUACUGGGAGCACAAGCUCCAAAAAGGCUUCAUCCAAGCAUGGCCGACGAUCCGGAACAACUGGCACCUCGGCAUGACCGCGUUUGGCGGACCACCGGUCCAUUUCAAAAUUUUUCAUGACAAGUUUGUGUUGAAGCUCAAUUGGAUCGAUGAGCAGAUGUACCAGGAGCUAUUCAGCGUCUCGCAAGCUCUAUCAGGUCCAGCAAGCACAAAGAUGCUUUACUGUGUUAAUUUAAUUAACAACGGCUUGCUUGGAGCUCUACUUGCGUUCUUCAUUUGGAGUUUGCCCGGAGCCCUGGGCAUGUUUGGCCUCUCCAUCGGCGUCUCUGAAAUAGGGAGUACUUUACCUCGCGCAGUUUACGCUCUGCUCUCUGGGCUGAACGCUGCAACUGUUGGAAUUAUCGCCUUGGCAGCGGUUGAGCUAUCAAACCAAGCAAUUACAGACAAGCUGACCAGAAUUCUCGUCUUUCUUACCGGUUCUGCUGGAAUGUUGUAUAAUGCGCUUUGGUACUUUCCAGUCCUUAUGUUCGCUUCUGGAUUCGCUGCUGUUACCCACGACUACCGCUGGCUUCAUCGUCUCUGGCGAGCUGUUAAAAGCAUCUUCACACGCGCGAGCCCUUCAUCGACGGAAGUAGAAAACGAUGCAAUCGAGAGAGAUAGUCGCAUGGACUCUAAUAACUCUUCCACCACACCUCAAGAACAUGAAAUCACCUCUAGAGGCGAACCCGAGUCGCGCACCAUACCGCACGAGUAUCAGCUAAAUUUCUCGUGGAGAACUGGAACUGCUGUCAUCGCAACCUUCUUUCUCACCUUUAUCGUCGUGAUGGUGCUCCGCGGGGUCUUGCAUAACCCUCCUAUCCUAUAUAAGCUCUUUGCUAACCUCUAUCUCGCUGGAACCAUCAUCUUCGGCGGCGGGCCUGUUGUAAUUCCGCUGCUGAGGGAAUACGUCGUAGCAGAGGGAUGGGUCAGUCCGCGCGACUUUCUUAUUGGGCUUGCCAUCAUACAAGCAUUCCCAGGACCGAACUUCAAUUUUGCUGUAUUCCUAGGCGGCCUCACCGCUAUUGGGAUCGGGCAACCCGCCAUUCUAGGAGCAAUUGUUGCGUAUCUAGGCAUCUUCUUACCAGGGAUAGUCCUAGUUCAUGGCACAAUGGGCGUCUGGAAGGUCUUAAGAAGCAAGCCAUGGGUCAAAUCUGGGGUCAGAGGGAUCAAUGCAGCGGCUGUCGGUUUAAUCUACACGGCCGUGUAUCGAAUUUGGCAGGUUGGGUAUGUAGAUGAGGGUUUCCAGGCAGGAAAAAGCUUGGGCGACGAUCCAUGGUGGGUGGUUGUUACAGCGACAGCGUAUGUUGGAGGCAGAUAUUUCGGUCUCUCCGCGCCGCUGGCGAUACUUCUCGGUGCUGUGAUGGGAUUGGUGAGAUAUGGAGUUGUUAUGAGGUAG